CGUUGCUAUUCGAUAUUUGUGCAUAUUUGGACUUUAUCGUUUGACUUUCAAGUUGACGUCCGUCAUGACGUCACGAAAACAGUUGACGCCGUUCAUUAGUAACAACAGAUCGUUGAGGUGAAGCAGACACCGCUGAAUUUUUCCACACUUUUCAUCAUAAAAUAAGAAUGGAGAAAGAAAAUACUGGAUGUUUUGCGUGGAUUGUGAGUUUAAAGCAAUCAUGCAAUGAACGGUGGGCAAGGUUCAGAAAUCGGCUCCGCAGACGAUUUUAUGCUCGUAGAGGUCAAAACAUAGACCUAUCAACAAUUGUAAACGAGACUGGUACCAGGGACAUGGUUAUUACUAAAACUCCUUACAAGAAAAACAAAGUACUACCGGAAGACUUAGCUGCUCCUAGACCAAAUGAAAAUGAAUGUCCAGUAGAUGUUGGAAGUGCAUCAGCAACAGGACUUAAUGAGGACUUCGAAAAACUAGUCGGAGAUUACGUGUCUCGUAUCAUAGCCAAGGCAGCAGACACUUUGUUGAUGGAGAGACAGCCGUUGCUGGGCAACAAAAAUGUCAUACUAGAAAAUUCUGCAGACGACAUUUCUUUGUCUCCAAGCAUCAUCAGCCAAAUCGCUGACACUGCAGUGACAGAAAGCCUUUCCAACAUUUUAGAAGCAAACAUGAACCAGUCCGCAAAACUAUCAAAGAAUUCAUGGUGCAGAAAUCUCUUGAGCUGUUGGCGGAGAAGUUGGUGACCGGUCAACCUUCUGUCAGAUUAUAAUUGCUAAAAAGGACACUACAGACUAUAUUUAGAUGAAGCUGAUUUGUUGUCAAUAUUUUGCAUACAUUUUUCAUCGAAUCAAUGUUUGAAAAAUGUUUUCAUGAGGUUCUGAAUUUUAUUAUUUACAAUAAAGUUCAUCGAAACUUC